GGAGCGGCAAGAGGCGGGAAUCUGAACUGCGAAGAGUGUGGGACAGCGGGGCAGCCCUGCGAGGAGCAACCAGAGACUCAACCACUGAUGGGUUCUGCCCAAGCCGAGAACAGCCAGCACUGGAGAGCUCCCUGACUGGAAGGGCCUGCCAAAGGAAUUUCCCAGGUGCUCAAACACCAGGCCUUGCAGCUCCUGUGCUCAGCCCAGGAGGCCACCAGUGAAACUGGAGGAUCGGCCACACCUCAGGCCAUGGCGAGUCAGGGGCUUCCCCUACGAGUGGCCACUCUGCUGACGGGGCUGCUGGAAUGUCUUGGCUUUGCGGGCGUCCUCUUCGGCUGGGCGUCGCUGGUGUUUGUCUUCAAGACAGAACAUUACUUUGAGGAGCUGUGUGAACCAAAUGCCGGGCUGACGGGCAAUGCCACACUGACGGGCAAUGUCACGGGACAGACUGACUGCAAAGCCCAGGAUGAGAAGUUCUCGCUCAUCUUCACCCUGGCGUCCUUCAUGAACAACUUCAUGACAUUCCCCACUGGCUACAUCUUUGACCGUUUUAAGACCACUGUGGCCCGCCUCAUAGCCAUAUUUCUGUACACCACUGCCACACUCACCAUAGCCUUCACCUCUGCAGAAUCAGCCCUGCUGCUCUUCCUGGCCAUGCCCAUGCUCACCGUUGGGGGAAUCCUGUUUCUGAUCACCAACCUGCAGGUGGGAAACCUGUUUGGCAAACACCGCUCAACCAUCAUCACUCUCUACAAUGGAGCGUUUGACUCUUCCUCGGCAGUCUUCCUUGUCAUUAAGAGUUUCCAGAUCCAGGGCAGCAGAAGGAGCUCCACUCUUUCUGGAGCUACGCUUUCUCGCGGCGCUUUGCCUGGCACCUGAUGUGGCUGUCUAUGAUACAAUUGUGGCAUUACCUCUUUAUCGGCACCCUCAACUCUCUACUCACCACUUUGGCCAAGGGAGACAGGGCACUAGUCAGCAUCUACACAAAUGCCUUUGCCAUCACUCAGUUCUUUGGAGUGCUCUGUGCCCCCUGGAAUGGCCUGCUCAUGGACCAGCUUAAACAGAGGUACCAGAAGAAAGCGAGCAAGACAGGUUUCUCAGUCUCGGCGGUGGCCCUUUGUUCCACGGUUCCUUCUCUGGCGCUGACGUCUCUGCUGUGCCUGGGCUUCGCCCUCUGUGCCUCAGUCCCUGUCCUCCCCCUCCAGUACGUCACCUUCAUCCUGCAAGUGAUCAGCCGCUCCUUCCUCUAUGGAGGCAAUGCUGCCUUCCUGACCCUUGCUUUCCCUCCGGAACACUUUGGGAAGAUCUUCGGGCUAGUGAUGGCCUUGUCAGCCAUUGUGUCUCUGCUCCAGUUCCCCAUCUUCACCUUCAUCAAGGGCCCCCUCCAGAAUGACCCUUUCUACGUGAACGUGAUGCUGGUGCUUGUCACUCUUCUGACAUUCAUCCACCCCUUCCUGGUGUACCGUGAGUGCCAGCGGAAAGAAGGCCCCCCUGCAAUCGCUUAGUUUGGAAGCCCUCCAUUUUCAGCUCUGCAGAUGCUUUUGCUAAUCUUCCCCUCCCUUUGAGGACCCCGUAUCCAGAAAGUCUUUGCUCACUCAGGCUACUUGUAUUAAGCAGACAUUACUUUUUCUUAAAUAAAGAAGACACGUAACUGCUAGCUGAGACUUCUGAUAGGCAAGAAAAGAAUUUCAAUGCCAAGCUGAUUGAUACCAUACGGACCCAAAGCAAAAGCUUGUGGAAGUUCUCCUUAGUUGCAGAGCAGGACGCACAUGGCCUUGGCAGACCCUUGACCCGAAGGGAGGUGAUGUGAUGGGAGAGGAGGUGUGUCACCUGCUUCUCUAGGCCUCUUUGGCCCUGAAGCCCAUGUGUGCCUGGGCCCUGUACCACCAGGUAAAUUUCCAGGUGGAGGGUGAGGUUGUCAUGGCCUCAGCUAUGCCCCCUGGCAUUUGGAGGUGGUGCCCAGCUCUCCCUCAAAGGCACAGCCUUGGUUAGAGAGUGGCAGUGACAAAGGCUUGGUUAGAGAGUCUUGGGAGACAGAGGAGAGACGGGUUGGGGUGGGGGUGGGGGGGCCCUGGGCCUGAGAUCCAGCUCUGCCACUGAUGCUGGAGGCCCUUGAGCAGAUCCCCCUUGGACUGAGCGUCAGUUUUCCCAUCUGUAAAAUGAGAGGAUUCUGGAGUUGGAGGGUCUUUCUGAAGCUAACAAUCUAGAAGGAUUUAAGAGGAGUGGCAGAGAAUCAGGCCACCCAGAGAGCCUUGGGUACCAGCUGGCCUGCUCGACUGAAGGAUUUCUGACAAAGCCUCUUAGGGAUGUUUUCCUCAACAAGAAGGGAGAUGAUGAUUGACUUUGGGAAUUAUAUAAAAAUGUUCUCGGGAGAAGAAUUUUGUAGAACAGUAAAGUCUUUCUGCUUA